AAACAUUUUUAGAAAUUAAAUCAUUUGGACGUUUGCAAGAUGAUAUUAUUGUUUUAUUAAAUUGGUAUUUAACACAAUGAACACAUUUGUAAUAAAUUAAAAACCGCAAGUUAAUAAAUCACAAACUUUAGUAGAUUUUACUGGAGUUAGUGCAACUUUUUAGUUCAAGAUUAUAACGACUUAUAAGUUGAAUAAGCCAUGUCGGAUGCAUGGGAAGAAAUUCAGGCAGUGAAGAGUAAACGAAAUAGUUUAAGAGAGAAGUUAGAAAAGAGGAAGAAAGAAAGACAAAGUAUCCUUGGUGCGACUUUGACUACUGACAAAAAUGAAGGAACGCUGGUUACCUCAUCGAGUAAAGAUAGAUCGGUUGGAAGCCCCGCAGCGACAAAAAUUGAAGCUUCAGUAGAAAAACCUAAGCCAUUGCCUUCAGCAUCACUGGAAGUGAGGUUACUACAAGUUCUAUCGGACAUGCAGUUGCAAUUACCAGAAACAGCCAGUGCAUUAUUGCCAGGGUUGGGUGAUGUUGAUACUGGUAUUGUUGCCAGUUUAUUACAGAAGUUUGCUACCCAGAAACUUAUAGUAAUCAAAGAAAGGACUGAAAGUACAACAGAUGCCAGCAUAGAAGUGGUGAGUGCUGAAUCAGUGAGACUGGGAGCAGUGUUAGCUGCACUUAUGGAAGAGCAGUGUGCCCCUACAAAAAGAAAAGGUGAUAAAAAGAAAGAGGAAGGACCAAAUCCUAAAGUUUCUAAAACUACAACAGAUGAAAAAAAAACUGGAAAAGAUACAGACAUAAUGUCUUUGCUGGCAAUGCCUUCAAGUCGAGAAAAAGCAGUGAAGAGGGUAGGAGAAGAAAUCAUGGAUCUACUGAGCAAACCAACGGCUAAAGAGAAAUCGCUUGCUGAUAAAUUCAAGAGUCAAGGGGGUGCUCAGGUAAUGGAGUUCUGUCCACACGGCACCCGGGCUGAGUGUGUGCGAGCAUUCAAGACAUCAGCUAGUGAACCUGACAACGGCUACAACUGUAAGAAGCUACAUUUCAAGAAGAUCAUCCAGAGUCACACAGAUGAGAGCCUGGGAGACUGCUCGUUUCUUAAUACCUGCUUCCAUAUGGACAGUUGCAAAUAUGUUCACUAUGAAGUGGACAACACCGAUCCUAACUUAAACGCGCAUAAACAUAUCGUGGAAACUAUUACGAAAGCCGGACACAAUGGUACGAACGUAGCUCCAAAACAAGAUGGCGUGCUAACAUUGACCCCGCCGCAGUGGAUUCAGUGCGAUUUAAGAUAUUUGGAUAUGACAUUUUUAGGAAAGUUCGCGGUGAUAAUGGCGGAUCCACCAUGGGAUAUCCACAUGGAGCUACCAUACGGCACCAUGUCUGACGACGAGAUGAGAUGCCUGGGAGUUCCGCAGUUGCAAGACAGUGGGCUCAUCUUCCUGUGGGUCACAGGACGGGCUAUGGAACUCGGUAGAGAGUGUCUCAAGUUGUGGGGCUACGACCGAGUAGACGAACUGAUAUGGGUGAAGACGAAUCAAUUGCAGAGGAUCAUACGCACCGGACGAACCGGCCACUGGCUCAAUCAUGGGAAAGAGCAUUGUUUGGUGGGAAUGAAGGGUAAUCCAGACAAUUUGAACCGUGGUCUGGACUGUGACGUCAUCGUUGCGGAGGUGCGCGCCACUUCGCACAAACCGGAUGAAAUUUACGGCAUAAUUGAGAGGCUAAGCCCCAGCACGAGAAAAAUAGAGUUAUUUGGUCGACCACAUAACGUCCAACCUAAUUGGAUAACUCUCGGCAACCAAGUAGACGGCGUCCGUUUGGUGGAUCCCGAUUUAAUAGCAGCCUUCAAGAAGAGAUAUCCGGAUGGCAACUGUAUGGCACCCCCGCCACCAGAUCCGGGCCUACCGUAGCCACAGACUAGAAAAUUUGAUAUAGAAGAAUUUAGCAAAAACUACAGUCUAUACCUACUCCAUAAUCUAUACUGUGUACUAUACAGGCCUUAGCAAAUCGAUGAGUUGUUGUACUAUCGCGUGACGUCAGUGUAAAAUGGUUUUUAACAACCUUGUUUUAAAGUUUAAGUUCGUCCGCACUUCUAAAGCCAGUGUUUCUAGCAAAACGUUUAUAUUAUAUUAAAAUUUUAUGUAACGGAAUUUAAGACUUUAAGACGUUAAUGUAUUAGUGUAAAAAAACAGGUGCCCCCAUUUGCGCAGCGUAUAAACAAAUCUGUUAAAAUAUAGGUAAUAUUCGCCCGCGACCUGUACACCCGUGGGUAAGAAUAAGUAAGACGUUGAAUCACGUGACAUAAAGUAGAUUUUUAGAAUUUUUGUGGCAGUAAUAGGUAGACACUUGAUACACUUCAAUUUUAUGUCAAAUGAUAAAAAGCUAAUAGUAACUAACUAACUAGUAAAUUGGACUUGAGGCAAGAAGUGCCACGCACAUCGUAUAACUUAAAAGCACUGCCUACCCAAAAGUUUAUUUUUACCUGGUUGCGAAGAGUAUUUCCAUCAUACACUUAAAACAACAUUUUAUGACAAAUGAUGUAAAGCUACUAAUAUUUGAUUUAAGGCAAAAGUGGCAUGCACACAACUUAAUAAAACUUUGGGUUGACAGGUACCCAAUUGAUUUUUCACCAAGUUAUACAGAAAAAUGUUUACCUGAGACACCUGCCUACCUAAAUUCCUAUUCUGGGUGACACCCUGUGUACGUCUAAAUAUAGGUUGUGCAGUGUCGUGUAUAGAGGUAUGCAUAGGGUAUGCAGAUGGUAUAAAAUGAAGAAACUCUCCAGUAAGAGUUAUAAAAAGCCUACAUUUAAGUAUUUAUAACUCGUACUGGAGAUUUUCUUCAUUUUAUAUCAUCUGCAUACCCUUUGCAUACCCUCUAUGCACCCCACUGAGGUUGUGCAAUGUACAAAGUCCAUAAUGCUGUGUGUGCACUAGUUAGCUCGAAUUCCCCUACACUCAUUAGUGGACGAAGUCGCCGGGGAUGCACAGGUCGCACGCGAGAUUAGUCUUUUUAUAUGGAACAAGGUAUUUUAAAGUUUUUAGCAACAUGUUAAUUAUUAGAAUCGUAAGUUAAGAUUUGUAAAUAAAUGAAAUAUUUUAAUAUUUUA